UGCUGCGAGAGGGUGGUCAUCAACAUCUCCGGCUUGCGCUUCGAGACGCAGCUGAAAACUUUCAACCAGUUCCCAGAGACGCUGCUGGGAGACCCCAGGAAGAGGAUGCGCUACUUUGAUCCACUCAGGAACGAGUACUUCUUCGACAGGAACAGACCCAGCUUUGAUGCCAUCCUUUACUACUACCAGUCCGGAGGGCGCAUCCGGAGACCAGUUAAUGUCCCCAUUGAUAUUUUCUCAGAGGAGAUUAAGUUUUACCAACUCGGGGAGGAGGCCAUGGAGAAAUUCCGCGAGGAUGAAGGGUUUAUAAAAGAGGAGGAGCGCGUACUGCCCAAAAACGAUUUUCAAAAGCAGGUUUGGCUUUUGUUUGAGUAUCCAGAAAGCUCCGGACCAGCGAGAGGGAUAGCCAUCGUGUCAGUCCUCGUUAUACUGAUUUCAAUUGUUAUUUUUUGCAUGGAGACUCUGCCUGAAUUCCGGGAUGAGAAAGACGUCGCCACAGUGGCACCAACAGUUAAUGGCACUGCGCCCUACGUCCCAAGCCCCUUCACAGACCCCUUCUUUGUGAUAGAAACCUUGUGUAUUAUUUGGUUUUCCUUUGAGUUGCUGGUUCGGUUCUUCGCCUGCCCCAGCAAAACCACUUUCUCCAAAAACAUUAUGAACAUCAUUGACAUUGUUGCCAUAAUCCCCUACUUCAUCACCCUGGGGACGGAGCUGGCCGAGAGGCAAACCAACGGCGGCCAGCAGGCGAUGUCCCUCGCCAUCCUGCGGGUGAUCAGGCUGGUGAGGGUCUUUCGCAUCUUUAAGCUCUCGCGCCACUCAAAGGGACUCCAGAUUUUGGGACAGACGCUCAAGGCGAGCAUGAGGGAGCUGGGCUUGCUCAUAUUCUUUCUCUUCAUCGGGGUCAUCCUCUUCUCCAGCGCGGUGUACUUCGCAGAGGCGGACGACCCCUCGUCCAGUUUCACCAGCAUCCCCGACGCGUUUUGGUGGGCGGUCGUGACCAUGACCACGGUCGGGUACGGGGACAUGCACCCGGUCACCAUCGGGGGCAAAAUAGUGGGGUCGCUGUGCGCCAUAGCGGGCGUGUUGACCAUUGCCUUGCCCGUGCCGGUGAUCGUGUCCAACUUCAACUACUUUUACCACCGGGAGACGGACGGCGAGGAGCACCAGCAGUACCUGAACACGGGCAGCUGCGAGCACCUCCCCACCACCGAGGAGCUGAGGAGGUCCUGCAGCUCCUCGUCCCUCAGCAAGUCGGAGUACAUGGUGAUAGUGGAGGGCAUCAACAGCGCCUUUAAAGAGCCCAACUGCACCACGGAGAGCAACCAGAACUGCGUGAACAUCAAGAAGAUCUUCACAGACGU